AGGCACUAUCACACAUUUCAUUAUAUACACAUGGAAUUGACAUUGCAAAUUAUUGCCAGUGAAAUUUCUUUCUCACUUAUUCAUGUUUUGACUCCAAACAUCAGUUGAAGGCGAUGCUGACGUAUAUGAAUGUCCAGAAGAUUUUCAGGAAGAUUUCGGCAGCUUCCCUCCUCCACCACCUCCAGAUGACUUUGAAUGUGAUAAUGAUGGUUUCACGGGUGAUAUUGUAAGUUCAACAGACGUCCAUCCACCAAUAUCUCCUGAACGCAUUCCAAGAUUCAGAUCGAGAAGCGAGAAGGAUGAUAUCUACAUGAAGAACAGAUUUGAGAAGGAAGAAAAAGAAUUUAGAAAGAAAUAUAAGUAUAAAGGAGAAAUUACAGUGUUGUAUCAAGCCGCUGUUAUACCAUCAGUGAAUACAAAGAAAUUUGGUAAUAAAGACUUGGUGGUCAAGCCUGGCGAGAUCAUAGAUGUAAUUACUCCUCCAGAAGGUAACAAAGUCAUCUGUCGAAACAGCGAAGGGAAAUUUGGUUAUGUAUCCACUGCAAAUAUAGAAGAGGACUGUCCUGUUUAUGAUGAUCUUGGAGAAGAGUGUAUCUACGACAAUGACUAAGCAAGCAAGGACAUAUAAUCCCCAUGUAAACAUCAUGUGCCAUUUAUGUCCAUGCAGUGAACUGUGUACCUUGGAGGACAUUUUUUUUACCUCUGUAUUAUUAUUAUUAUUAUUUUUAUUUAUAUUUUCUUACGUAAUGUGGGCAUGACCCAGUAAGGUUUACGGGCAAUUCCAUGCAAAUGUCAAUCUUAUUAUGAAAAGUAAUGUUUUUAACCAAAGUUUUUAACCAUACUCAUAUCUUUGAUGUUAAUACUUGGUGGUUUUAAUACCUAUGCAAAAUCUCUGUUCAAGUUUUUAAAGCAUUUUUACAAUUAUUUACCAUAGUUAAUUAAGUGAAAAUUUUAGAAUUGUCCAUACUGAAGAAAUGUCACAUUGGUAUAUAACUCUGCUUAUUCCUUAUAUAUGCACAUACAAAAAUUAAAAAUAAAUAAAUAUUAAAUGUUCUUGGAGAGCCGUUCUACAUUUGUUGGGUAUUAUUGCAUCUGGUUUGUGUUUUUUUUAAUUUACAGAAUAAAACUAAAACCAUCUAUAACAUCUCUUAAUAAUAGUUAUAGAAAACAUGAGUAUAGACUGAUACUUUCUGAUGUCUGCACUCUAUCAUUAGGGGUUUAGGAAAAUAUAAACAGAUGGUUAAAUAUAUUGAUAAUUAAUGCAUUCUCUGAGAAUUUAUAUUUCAUGUUUUCACUGCAAGUGUCACAUCCAUAACGCUGGAAUUGCUCUUAGGUAAGUGUCUUGUUUUAAAUGUGGACUGGAUAUAAAUGUAUGAAACACAUUGCUGUGACAAAUUGUUAAUUCUCUCUCUAAUACACAAACACGAAUAAAAUGUACAUACAGUACAUAUGCACACACAAACAACCACAGUGAGGGGUUUAAAUGUCAAAUUAUAUACAGGUUAUAUUUUAUUAGCACAACAGACUAAAUGGUAAAUAAUUGUGAAAUUUAUAAGAUAUACUUUUUUAAUAUUUUCUGUGUAUAGUAUAGUACGUGUUCAGAUAUUAGAUUCUUAGAAUCUUUGAUUGGCUGAUUGUAUUUUUAUAAUAACAAGCCAGAUAUGAAUUAAAUUACAAUAUAAAAUCAUAUAUUUUGUGUCAUUACUGAAACUGCAUUGUACCUAUGUACUUAAUAUUGGUGCAUUAUAUUGCUGUAGUUUUCAUUACAAUGCACGAACUGAAGUCUAGUA